AUGUCCUACAACAAACCGGACGGACCGCCUCCCUCCUAUCCCGCCCCCGUCCACGACGCAGGCCCUACUACCCUCCCCAAGGCGCCCAGGGCGACUACUACAACCAAGGCGGAUACCCUCCGCAGAACUACGGUCCGCCCCCGCAGCAGGGAUACUACGGCUCUCCGCCGCCGCAGGGUCAACAACCCAUGUACUACCCGCCGCAGCAAGGGCCCUACCCGCAGCAGGGGUACUACGCCGAUGACCGCGGCGGUGGCGGCGGAUCCUCGGGCGGUGGUAUUUGCGCCGGUAUCAUGGCUGCGCUAG